AUUUGUUCGGCGAAGGCGGUGCUCACGCGGGUCACCUCACGGAUACAGAGUAUCUGCGCUCGCUGAGAUACAAAUUUACGUAAAGUUCGCUGGCCAAUUGGAAGUGCGCGUGCUGGCUUUAAAGGCGGAAGUCAAAAGUUUUGUUUGGGCCAUAAAACACAAUUAAGAGUGCAAACAAAAAGCAAACAAAGUUACUCGAUGAAUGCAAACAGAGAACGCAGCUUUAAAGAUUUUAUUGGCCCUUUGUGUGCGUGUAAUUGCCUUGAUUGAUAGCCGUUGACAGCGACUUUCGCACCCCGCCCGAAGAAAUUCCAGCAAUUAUAUUAAAAGCUGUCUGAAAGUGUGACCAAAGUGCGUUAGAAUUCAAUAAGUGAAGAAGAGGAAGAGGCCGGGCUCAUCCCCACUUUUUAACGCUUUGUCAAGCGUGCAAAUCGAGGAAUUUUCAAUUAAUAUUACACACCGCGGCGGAAUAAUUAUAAAGACGGUUGCAAAGUGCGCACUCACUGCAAAUUAAGCAAUCGUCAUAAAGGAUUAAUUGAGCCUGAAAUAAAUUACUUGACAUAAUUUGAAAGGUCCGUGCGGAAAAGUUGGAAAUAUCUGUAUUGCGAGCGUUCAUCUAUAAAGAGAACGAUGCUAUAAUUGCCACCAGGCAGCCGGCAGACAGACGACUCCCACUGGAGGACACUUCAUCUACAGCCAGAGCCUCUUCAGUUGCCAAGAUGUCGGACAGCAAAUGGUGGUAACAUCCCAGCACCGCAAACUGGUCAACAAGAAAUUAUCGAGACGAGACGAGGUUGAGCCCAAAAGUAGUCAACACAAAAUGGCCGAGCACACAGGAGUGACCACAACAACGACCAGGAGGAGGAGGCCGUGGCGGAGUGGAGGCGGAUGCCUGCCAGUGCUGCUCCUCCUCCUGACUCUCGUGAUCCUGCCCCUGGAGUCCUCCGCCUUCUGCCCCUCGAAGUGCCAGUGCCUGGGGGGCGAGGCCAACAGCAGAGCCCUGUGCGUGGACGCCGCUCUGGAGGAUGUGCCCAUCCAGCUGAACCCGGAAACGAAGUACAUCAACCUCACGGUGAACCGGAUACGCAACCUGGAGUUCUCGCUGCCCUUCUACAUGAAGCUGGAGAUCCUGGAUCUCUCGCAGAACAUCAUUGAAACGCUGGGCUCCAAGAACUUCGAGUACCAGUCGGAGCUGAGAACCCUGAACCUGAGCAGGAACCUGGUCAGCUCCCUGCACAAGCACGCCUUCAAGGGCCUGACCAACCUGCUGCUCCUCGAUCUCAGCUUCAACCGCAUCGAGACGGUGCAUCCCACCGCCCUCAGCGAUCUGGCCGCCCUGGUGGAACUGGAUCUCACGAACAACAACAUCGUCAGCCUGGAGGACAACUCCUUCAAGGGCAUGAACAGCCUGGAGGUCCUCGUGUUCCGCAACAACCGGUUGCUCGACGUUCCGGCCAGCAAUCUGUGGCACCUGCACGCCCUCAAGACCCUCGACAUGUCCCUGAACCUGGUCGAGUUUGUGCGGAACGACAGCUUCGAGGGAUUGAAGGAGCUUCUGGCCCUCAGCCUGCAGGGCAAUGUGAUGAGCGAGCUGGACCUGAGUGCCUUCGAGGGACUCAUCUCCUUGAAGCAUCUCGAUCUAUCGGAUAACAAUUUAACGAUGGUGCCCACGCAGCAGCUCUCGAGACUCUCGAACCUCACCUAUUUGAACCUGGGCGGCAAUCGCUUUUCCCAGCUGCCCGCCGUCGCCUUCCUCAACUUGUUUCACUUGCGCGAAUUGCAUUUGAGCCGACUGGACUUUUUGCAGCGCAUCGAUUCGAGGGCCUUUGUGGACAACACCCACCUGCAGACGCUGCACCUGAACAACAACCCCCAGCUGGGCGACAUUCCCAUGCGCCUGUUCCAGGGCAACCCCAACAUCCUGGAGGUGUACAUGCAGAGCAACAGCCUGCAGACCCUGUACUCCGCCCAGUUCCCGGUGGACCAGCUGCAGAAGCUCUAUCUGGGGGACAACCCGCUGCAGUGCAACUGCUCGUUGCUCUGGCUCUGGCGGUUGGUGACCGGGAACUUCGAGGGCGUGGACCCGGGAAUGGAGCACGCAGCCGGCGGAGCAGUGGCUGCCCUGGCCAAGGAGGCGGAUGAGGAGGAGCAGGCGGAUGAGGCCACCGCCGUGGCCUCCACCGAUGAUGGGGUAGCGGCUCUGGCUGCCUACAUAGCCGAGCAGCACAUAGUGAAUGCCCUGCACACCACCGAGCCCAGUGCCUACGAGCUGGCCACCUCCUCCUCCAACCGGAACUCGGGCAUCCUGCGGAUGGACCGCCAGCAGAUCGGCUGCGACAUCUGGCGGGACAAGGUCAGGACGAGGCGGCAACUGCUCGCCAUGAGCGAGGGAGAGAUCACCUGCCCCGCCCACAUUGUGACCGUGGUCUGCGCGGUUAUCACGUGCCUCCUGGUGACCAUGAUCGGGGUCAGUGUGCUCUACUACCUGCGGUUCGUGAAGCGUCGCAGGAAGCUGCUCCACGAAAGGGGUCCGUUGAGGACCAGCAAGAGCAUCAUCAACGUGCACGAUCGCAUCCUGCAGAGCCACAACGCCGGCCUGGGAAUGGGCAUGAGCAUGACCCUGGGAGGCGGCAACCACGUCAGUGGAUUGGGUAUGACCCUCAACUACCCCCAUCACGCUCAGACCCUGCAGGCCCACCAUCACUACCACCAGGCCAUGCCCUUGCAGGGGUCCCACGGCAAUAACCACGACUACCAGCAGACGACUCUGCCCCAGCUGGACAAACUGGAACUGGAGCGCUAUCUGGCGGCCCAGACCAUAGCCAACGAGUACAGGGCCUUGAAGCCCUGGGAACUGCCCGUCAAGGAGGCGGAUGACGAGCCGGAGCAUCUCUACGAGCGGUUCGAUCACUACGAGUAUCCGGACACCCACACCAUGAGCAAGCUGAAGCAGGCGGCGGCCCUGAACCACUCCACCACCACCUCCUCCGGCGGCCCCUCCCCCGUGCCCCCCUCCUCGGGAAAGCCCCACGUGGUCUACGUAUGACGUGGGCGUGGCCAGGGCGAGCGGGUGUCCCACCUAAGCACGGAUAUCGAGAUGGUCGGGCUGAGCCACCACCAGGGGUACCCCAACCACAACAAUAACAACAACUACAGGGGCUGUGUACAGAGCGCCAAGGCCAGUGGUCAGUUCUGAGUGGGCUAGAUCAAGGGGGCUUACUCGAGCAAAACAGGGAAAGUGAGAGGUUAGGCUAAGAGGGAUUACGGGAGGAUGGAGCCACUAGAAUUGGUCCUUGGGGGGGUUUCGAUGAGGAAGCAGUUGAAAAACCAGCUGUCAGGCUUAAAAAAAGUAUGGGGACACUUCUUAAUGUGCAGUUAAGGCAGAGGUUAAGGUAACCUGAAGUUACAUUUUUGGAAAGACAAAUUUAUUUUCUCAAUGAGUUGAUCUUUUCGAAGUAAAAAUCGUUACAUUAGGUUUACAGUCAGAUAAAACAGAACAUUAUAUUGAGAAACUACAACUAACUAAGCUUUAUGACAACCGUUGACAUGACAUUGGGAAAUCGGUCCAAGCUAACAGUUUGUCUUAUCACAAUCCUUGGCCUGUGUAUGGAAGAAUGGAUGAAAAGAAAAAUGACUAAGUGACAAAGUGAAAAAAAUGCUAUAAAACUGCACACUCAUCGAAACCCUCUGCCAAAAUACCACCAUGGUGUUUUAGGUUGGAUUUAUUUUUUUCGAAUACAAAUACAACAAAGUUUAACAAGCGUCAAAUGAAACAAGGGAUACGUCUACGUGUAUAGCAAGCAUACAAAUAUUCUUAAUGACCUACGGAUAAAGAUACCAGAUAACAGAUAUAUUAGAUAUGUACCCUAACCGCUAGGCUAAGAGACGAAUACGAUUUCAAAGAAACCUUUGCUGGCCCCCACUAAGCUAAGCUGCAUUAAAUCUCAACUCACCCACUCUUUCUCUCCCACUCAUAGUUAAAACGGCAUUUAGCAUUCGAAUACUCUAGAUAGCGUUUAGUGAGUAAGCUUACAGUGAAUUUAAAUAUAUUUGAAUAUAUUAGGCAUAACUAUGGAGGGGAGUGCGAGCUCGAGGAGUUUAUGGGUUUUCCUGAUUUGACUCACGAAAUUACCGAAUACGUCUUCAGCACUUGGGUUCCGCUCGGAAAAAGACGCACACUUUGGCAGACAAAUAACCUAAUGGGGACCAAUAGUCCAGUCCAGCCUAGAACUAAUAAUGAAUCCAGCUGCCAAAGGGGUCCUUUUCCCAUCCACUGGCCGCUGAACCGGGUUCCCAACCGUAUUUCCUAACUUUAGCGAAACAUCUCGAAUGACAAUAUACGAAAAUUAGGAGGAAACUAAAAAUUAAAUUAUAUAAACACCCCUAUUAACUUAUGUGUAUCUUAGUGAGCCCGAACUCAAAGUUGAAGCGAUAAAUAUAAUUUGUAAAUAUAUAUCCCCCAUGAAGGGGCACUUUGCAAAGUGCUCGUACGUUUGUGUGUAAAUAAUUUAUGGAAUGCAUUUAAAACAUAAGUCAAGUGCAUAGAUUAUUGGUUUAAGAAUAAAUGAUUUCCAAAAGCAAUAACUCAGAAUCAAAGCUCGUUUGUUGUUAUUUUCGGUUGAGUUUGAUUUGCGAAUAAUAAUUUAAUUAAAUGCGACAACAGCAUGGCAAACAGCGAGCAGCAAAACUAACCGGUAUUUGCAUAAAAUAGCCACACAGAGCACACUAAAAGCGAGUGUAAAAAUAUUUCGAAAAUAAAAAGUAUACUAAAUAAGCAAAAUCAAAAGGCAGACAAGCGAUGCAGUGCACAUGAAAUGCAUUUAGAAAAGCAGAAAACAGAAAAUAAAUUCUGAAUUUGAAUAUAAAAACCGGUUUGUGUAUAAAAGGAGCAAAAACGAGAGCAAGGGGAAGGCAAAUAGCAGCCAGGCAACCGUAAGUUUAAAUCUAAUAAUACGACAUACGCAAAAUAUUUAAUUAAAUGAUAGACACACCCACAGCAACAACAAAAUGUUAUUUCUUAUACGAAGACUGAAGAAAACGAUGAUGGAAAAUAAAAGAAA